AUUUCUUCAGGCACGAUGAAGGCGUGUCUGCCCCGGAAGUGCUUCGGGAAGCUUUCAUCAUCAUCUGGGUCGUUUUCUGGUCACAGAAGAUCCAAGAUGGCGACUCACAUGUCGAGGUGUAGAACCUGGAGUCGUGUUCAAAGGUAUGGCAUCGCAGCUUACAGGAAGUACAGCAGUGGGGGUGGAUACCCGAAUAUCUCCCUGUCUUCACCGCUGCCCGGGAUCCCCAAGCCAGUGUUUGCAUCUGUGGAUGGUCAUGAAAAAUAUGAGACCAGGAUCACUACACUAGAAAAUGGUCUCAAAGUAGCUUCCCAGAACAAGUUUGGUCAAUUCUGCACAGUUGGAGUUUUAGUAAAUUCGGGUUCCAGACAUGAAGCAAAGUACCCGAGUGGAAUAGCACACUUUGUAGAGAAACUUGCCUUUUCUUCCACAGCUCAGUACGGGAGUAGGGAUGAAAUUCUCCUCACGUUGGAAAAACAUGGCGGGAUAUGUGACUGCCAAACCUCCAGAGAUACCACCAUGUAUGCAGUGUCUGCUGAAGUGAAGGGUCUGGACACAGUGGUCAGUCUUCUUUCUGAUGCUGUUCUGCAGCCUCGCCUGCUGGAUGAAGAGAUUGAGAUGACCAAAAUGGCGGUGCGCUUUGAGUUAGAAGAUCUAAACAUGAGGCCGGACCCUGAACCGUUACUGACUGAGAUGAUCCAUGCUGCUGCAUAUCGAGGGAACACAGUGGGACUGCCUCGCUUCUGUCCUGGAGACAAUGUGGACAAGAUUGACAAGGGGGUGCUUCACAGCUACCUGCGCAACUACUACUGUCCUGAGCGCAUGGUGCUGGCUGGAGUCGGCAUUGAGCACGAGCAGCUGGUUGAAUGUGCCAGGAAGUACCUGCUGAAUGUGAAACCAGUGUGGGGAACGAGUUCAGUUGCCAACGUUGACCUCUCUGUCGCACAGUACACCGGUGGCAUCGUCAAGAUGGAGAAGGACAUGUCAGAUGUGAGCCUUGGUCCCACCCCGAUCCCAGAACUCACCCAUAUCAUGAUCGGCCUGGAGAGCUGCUCCUUCCUGGAGGAUGACUUCAUUCCAUUUGCUGUGCUUAACAUGAUGAUGGGGGGAGGUGGCUCAUUUUCUGCAGGAGGACCUGGGAAAGGCAUGUUCACCCGCCUGUACCUGAAUGUGCUCAACAGACAUCACUGGAUGUACAAUGCCACCUCCUACCACCACAGCUAUGAGGACAGUGGUCUUCUGUGUAUCCACGCCAGUGCAGACCCCAGACAGGUGCGGGAAAUGGUGGAGAUCAUAACCAGAGAGUUCAUUCAGAUGGCUGGCAAUGCAGGAGAGAUGGAGCUGGAGAGGGCAAAGACCCAGCUCAAGUCCAUGUUGAUGAUGAACCUUGAGUCGCGGCCUGUUAUUUUUGAAGAUGUUGGUCGCCAGGUUCUCUCCACUGGAAAGAGGAAGCUGCCACAUGAACUGUGUGAUCUAAUAAGCAACGUGACAGCCAGUGACAUUAAGAGAGUAACCACCAAGAUGCUGCGCAGUAAGCCUGCAGUAGCAGCCUUGGGGGACCUAGCAGAGCUGCCCUCGUACGAACACAUCCAGGCCGCCCUGUCCAGCAAGGACGGACGUCUGCCCCGCAUGUAUCGCCUCUUCCGGUAGACCCCCACAACCAUCGAGCCAGUUGUCGCUGGCAAACAUCACUGUAAAUAAACUGGACUGGAAGAAUACACUAGUGUUCCCUCCCGCCACAGAACUCGACACAGCUCACCCUGGGAGGGGACUAAUGCCCGGGCUCUCACCUGAACCCGUGAGAAUGGGGAUUUUAAAGAAAAAAAGUUAUCUUUUACUCUACAGUUACAGUAGUCUACAUACAGUUGGAGUAUCUGUAUUUAUUGUUUGUAGGCCUGAAGCCAUAUUUUCAUUAUUUACUGGGCUGGUUUGGAGGAGUUUGGUUUUAUAGGGACAGUUCUCCCUCAAAGCCCCCCCCCAAAAAGUGCUAAUUUCCUCUAAAACUCCAUCCUGGUAUGUUUAAGAUUAUGAAUGAAUGACAUUUAAAAUCAUCUCCUAAGGACAUCAGCAUAGAGGUGAGAGAAGAGGAGGGCUAACAUCCCCAACAGUUAAUUUUUAUUGAGCCAUUUUUUGUCUCUGAGGUGUCCAAAAUUCACAGAGCUCCAGCUCAAGCUUUCUCCUUUUCCAGAGUAAAUGGAUCAAAACACUUUGGAAAUCGUACUAUUUAUACAACAGCACUUCGUGAUCUCCAUUCACAGGCACAGGAGACACUAAGAUGUUAUCGGAAAUAAUGGCAUAAAUGUAGCCAGUUAGUCCUGAGUUAGUUUCUGUCAUCAUUGUGUCUCAGAUGUUCUGUACAGUGAAAACUGUUCCUUUUGUGUAUUUUUGUGAUUGUGUUGAUGUCCUUUUUAAGGAGCUAAAUGAAAGGAAGGCUUUGACUUUGGAACCAUCUUAAUUUGCUUACUGUCAGGGUCUUGAAUGAACGUGGCGUUCAUCUUCUCAUCACUCUGCCUCAAAGCAAAAAAUUGCUGCCAAGACAUCGCACUGUUCCUUUAAGAGAUAAUUCUCCUGUGUGUUCAAGUGAAUUUUAAGGCCAGACAAAAAGAAUUCAACAUCCAAAUACACCAAUGUGUGUAUUUUACUAGAACUUAAGAGGCUUCUGACUACAGUUAAUAUGUUCAACUCUCUGCACCAACUGUUAAAUAAAUGUAUUUACUUCCAAAAAUAAAAUGAUAUAUUUUAA